UUGGAUAUCUUACUUCUUCACUCAAUCAAUAAAAUUAACAAAUAUACAUGACAGAACACAACAAACACAAAGUCAGUUGCGGUUCUGAAGGUAGGUCAUCUAAUAAUAAGCAACACUGAGGUAUAUACAACGCCAAGUUCCAUCCUCUCAAAAAAUCAUUUAAUCUCUCAUUCAUGGCCAAGCUGAUUCUGCUUUGUUUUCUUGCUGUUUUCUGCUUUUCAUUAACAAUUAGUGAUGCCACGACCUACAUCGUUGGGGACACAUCCGGCUGGGACAUAAGCACUGAUCUUGAUUCAUGGGCUAGUGGCAAGAGAUUCGAUGUUGGUGAUGUUCUAUUGUUCCAAUACUCAUCAUAUCAUAGUGUAAACGAGGUAACAAAACAAAGUUUUGAAAGUUGCAACACAACAGAUGCACUGGGAACAUUUUCCAAUGGAAACACAACGAUUACGCUGUCAAAUGCUGGUGAUAGAUAUUUUGUUUGUGGUAACCAGUUACAUUGUCUAGGGGGGAUGAAACUUCAAGUAAAUGUAGAAGGUGAUCAAACAUCUUCAACCGUUGUUGCCCCUCAAGCACAGCCUUCUUCCAAGAGCAACAACAAUCCUUCAACUGUUAUCCCCACUUCAAGAGGGUGUACAAUUGGGGGAACUGAAUCUCUUGUAAUAGCCUUCCUAUGUUUGACCGUAAAAAAGUUGUUUCUGUACCAGAAAUGA